UAUGGGCAACUGACUAUUGUUUUAAGACAUACUUGAAAAAUUGUGAACCUAUCCUUAAAUGAAUUAUUACUCUAAUAUUCCCAAGAGAACUAUUUUAGGGAGUUUUUACAUUUCAUAUAACAUUACACAUACAGGCCUAUAGCCUAACUGAUGCUAAACUGCACAUACUUUAUAUUAGUUGUCUGUUAGGCUCUAUUUUCAUAGUGUCAAUAUCAAAUCUGUUCCUGAGUUUUCCUAUGGGAUACACCUGCGUCACCGGCUCCAUUUCCACCAAAUGCUCAGAUUGUUCAUUUCCUUAUUGGGAAUAAAUAGGAGCUGGUUCUCCAAUCGAUAUCUUUAAUUGCUCCAGGAUUGUAUCAAUACCUACCUACCUACCGGUUUUACUGCUCCAUCACGAGCCACUGGCAACGGGUUGCCCGGGAAACGGCCGCAUGGCAACAGGAUCAGAGCCUGGGGGUUGUCUGCUUCUAGGUCUGCUCCCAUUUUACAUCGCAUUUCCUCACUAGAUGGUGUGCAAGCCACUGGAGAGUAGCUACACUUCCCCGCACAGUGGGCUCUACAUCCAGCAAAACAAACCUGGGAAACUAUACGGCGGAGCAUUUCUUUACGGAGCUCCGAGGAGGAAAAAAAGUGUGGAAAUAAAGCGUCACUCGCGUCCCCUCAUUUUUUUUCUAGCUACCAACCGCUUAUUUUGCAACAAGAAGACUUGGAGAAAAGCGACGACAAUUUACAGCUGUGAUGGACAUAAUGAUUGCGGUGCAGGAUGCUUGUGUCUCUGGUGCUACCUAUUGGAUGGGAUCUCUAAAGGAGCCUGGCUGAACCGCUCAAGCAUCAUAUUCGCAGGGAAUGACAAGUGGUCUGUGGACCCACGUGUGUCCAUUGUGUCCAGCGUUGGAGACAAACAUGAGUACAGCCUUCAGAUACAGAAGGUGGAUGUAACUGAUGACGGCCAGUACACGUGCUCCAUUCAGAGCGAGCGCAAUCCACGGCCAAAGCUCCUCAACCUUAUUGUAAAAGUUCCUCCCAAGAUAUAUGACAUUUCCUCUGACAUCACAGUAAACGAGGGCAGCAAUGUGUCGCUCAUCUGUACAGCCAGUGGGAAACCUGAGCCAAGCAUUUCCUGGAGACACAUAACCCCAUUAGCCAGGAAGUAUGACAGUGGCGAAUAUCUUAACAUCACCGGCAUCACAAGGGACCAGGCUGGAGACUACGAAUGCAGUGCUUUAAAUGACAUCGCCUCUCCUGACACCAAAACUGUAAAAGUCACAGUCAACUUUGCCCCAGCUAUCCAUGAGAUGAAAAGCCAUGGAGUUGGUCUGGGACGCACAGCUCUGCUAAGGUGCGAGGCGGCUGCUGUGCCUUCUCCGACAUUUGAGUGGUACAAGGGUGAGAAAAGGAUUAUCAAGGGUCAGGGCAUCGACAUCAAGAGCCUCAGUUCCAGAUCAGUCCUCACAGUGACCAACAUGACAGAGGAUCGUUAUGGGAACUACACAUGUGUCGCCUCCAACAAUCUAGGGACGGCUAAUGCCAGUGUGCCUCUCAUUCCAAUUAUUGAACCCACCACCACUAGCACCACUAGUGCUGUCUCAAGCCCAGCACCCAACACUGCACCCUAUGGGAGCACAGGAAGUGCGCACGUCCCGCUGGCCUGCCGAUACCUGGUCCUGGCUCUCUCCUCCUUCAUCAGCGUGUACUAGCAGAGGCCAGCGCGGACACAAUGACUGUCGAGAGCAUUUAUGAAUCCUUUUUGACAUUGCUGAUGGCUGGGAUCCAAUCUGGUACAGUUUGUUGAAAAGCUGUGAGGGGAAAAUAAUCAGCGUUAUUUUGUGUGGGGAUUUUUUUUUUUUUCUUUCUUAAUUUGCAUUCUGGUGAAAUUUCUGUCAUGUAAAUACUAUGAUGUUUUUUAAUUAUUAUUUGUUCUCUCUUCAGUUUUUUUUCUUUUCUGAUUGAUCGAUCACCUUGUGAAUCAGUGCUCACCCCCACCCCCCCAACCCCCCACUUCCCGCUCCGCCUCCAAUCAUAUCAAAAUUCCCCCCGCCCCUAACCUCCCAAAUUACUUUUCAAGCCUCUUUCUCUGGGAGGUGACGGCGCAAAACUGACAUUUUCAUCCGUUUUUGUACAUGGCUAAAAAUAAGCAAUUGUGCCAAGUCUCUCAGUACACAGAAUUACCAUACCAAUGUUGUAUUGAAUGUAUUAUGGGUUGUUGAACAAAGGAAAGACAUUUAGAUUCCUAACAAUACAAAAUUUGAUUAUGAAGUGUGCUUAAAAAAUACAGAAAAAAAAAAAGAAAAAGAAAAAAACAAAAAAGGCAGGGUGUUUUUUCAGGACCUGUAUUGUCAUGAUUACUCAGUAGAUGGAUGAACAGUGUUGAAGGUGUGCUUUGUUGUAUUCUGAAAUGGGUCCUUCAGUAACUAUGCCUGCCUAACAGCUUUGAUCAGGCAGACGUCAAAGUAGCAAAGUAUACUGUAUUGUAUCUUUAUAUUUUAAUAUAGUGUAGGCUUUUGUUUUAAAGUGGGACCAGCUUUUCUCAUUCGACCAAAAACAUUAACACGGUUCAUGAGUUUGUACAGUUAUGAAGGGAGGAACAUCGCUGCCCUGUGUUUACAUAUUUUCUUGAAAAUAUAAAUAUUACAGUAUAUCCUCCAUAUUUUGUUUUCAGUGAGUCACAUACGUGAAUGUCACAACAAACUGUUGCAGUAUUGAGAAGAAAAAGCAGAGCCCAAGUUAAACUGAUUGCUUUUCUCUUUGAAAACGGGCCACCUCCACUAGGCGUCUGAGCGGGGCAUUUUGUCUCUGAACUCACUGUUAACCUACUGAUCAUCUUCUGGACAAAAACACACAGCUGCAUACUGUCGGUCGCUUGAAGUUUUUAGCUUCAGCUUUUGGCAUGACGCUUAGAUUCUGCAGCACUGCAUUUGUCCGUCUCCGUUUUCUUUUACAGAUUAUUCACUACUUAAAUAUAUUACAGUCUACAGUUAAUGGACAUCAUUGUACCAAUUAACAAAUGAUGGAAAUAUAGAGAGAAAAAAGGCUAUGUCGCUUACGAUUUUUGGCAAAAUAUGACAGUGUAAGGCAGAUAUUUCAAUAGAUCAUGUUAGUGGUUAAGUACAUGAUCUCUUCAGAAGUAUUUUGUCGAAAACGGCUUUCUUUCCAAUCCGCAUCCUUCACAUAUUAAUUAUAAUUAUUAUCAAAGAUACACAAACAGCUGAUCAGUGUCCGCAGGGCCAAUGAAAGUCCAACAGAGUUCAAACUUAAUUAAAUGAUGCAGUUUGCGGCUUUUUUAUUCACUGAAAUCAACCAUAUCAAGACGCGAAGCAGCGUUAUGGUAAGGGUUUACUUUUUGACGAGACUGUCAGCAUGGCAUAUUCAUCCUCAAGUAUCUUCAAUCCAUGGUGUAAACAGAGUUACUGCAAUGCCUUAAUAGUACCAUAGACAUUAAAUUAACCUCCUUCUAAAGAAGGACACUUCCAGAAGCUCUCCCAGAUGUGGAGCUCCAUAAAAUAUGACCACAUUUGUUUGACUGAUUAUUGAAUGUUCAUAAACCAUUUGCUGACUGAUCUUUCGAAUUAGGCAUUAUUAUUCAGUGAAAACAAAAUUCCUCAACUUAUGGCUCUCACAGGUAUUUUCAAAUAAGCCAGUCGCAACUGAUAAAAAUGCAGUAUUUGUCAUACAGGUUAACAUGUUUGCAAGUCUUGUUUGGAUUUGGAUUGUGUUCUGUUUCGCCCCGCGAUCAAGGAGUUCACACAGUAUUUUCACAUGAACUUGUAACUGCAAACCUAUAGAGAAAUAGCCAUCGCAGUUAAAAGACUUAAAGCACAAACACUGUUAUUACUUUUAUGUUUUGUGGUGAUUUUGUUUUGAGGUCUGCUGAACUUUUUUUUUUUUUCUUGGAAUUGUUAUCAGCUUGUUUUACAAAUUAUGAAAAUACUGCACCAUAUGAUCUUGUUUAAAUGUUAAGGUAUAAUGAAAAUGGGUCAGAAAUAUAUUUAUUCUCUUCCUUUAUGAAAACAAUGUAUAAAAAAAUACAUUUGAAACAUGUAAAACUGGUUAUGUGACAUUUAUUUGAAUGAGGCACAGUAUGGCAUAGUUUAUAAUGUUGUCAGGUUCAUUUAGAUGCCAUAACUGUCGUUGAUUUUUUGUCGAGACGAGUACAUUAAAAAGAACAAUGUUUGCAAUCAAAUAACCUACUUUUUGAAACAGAGAGGGUGUGAACCAAUAUAACAGUAUUAUAGAACAGAAUCAAUGUGUGUAUAUUUGGAGAAAAUAGGAUACCGUUUGAUCUUUAGAGCCAGUGUGUAGUCAUAGUUUUCACACACUUGCGUGUUUGACGAUGUGCAGAGAGUAUGGUUGUGCUGCAUGUCAAAGUUAACCUGUGUUUUUUGAGGUGGCCAUUUUACAGAUAUUCAAACUUUUUAAUGAAUGGAACCAGUUUUUUCCAAACGUUUUCGUUCUCGACCUGGUCUAAAAAUACAUACCUCCUACAGAUCACCAGGCUAUGUUUGUUUGUGAUUUAUUUGAAUCAACUUUGCUGAUAAACUAAAAACAACUGCUGUUCAGAGUCAUAAUGAUUAUUGUGGCACAUUGGUGACAGUCUGGAGUUAUGUUGGUUGCUUGUCCGAGCAGUUAAGACCAUGCUAGUAUUUCCAUAUGAAAUGUACUGGAUGUUAAUUCUUUUGAAUAAUGGUAUUAACAAGUCCCUUUUAUCAAAUCACUAUUAUUUGCAAUAAAAGUCUUCAUGUUACAAUACUUAAA